GUCACCACCCCCCUCUCUCUCUUCAAUCUUUCUCGAUCACUCUCGAAAAUUCCGAAUUUCCACUUUCUGGCUUCUGCAUCCCCAAGACAUGUUUCGAGCAAUCCAAACGACACCCAUAUCCAAGACGCCAUACACACUCAAAACAUAUUCCUAUAGAUUGACUUCGUUCUGAGCCUUUGCCGUUUACAUUAUACAUACAUAUAUACAGCAAGAAAUGGAUCCCUCUCUCCUUGACGACGUAAUCAAUCGGCUUCUUGAAGUGAGAGGGCGGCCGGGGAAACAGGUGCAGCUGUCGGAGUCGGAGAUCAUCCAGCUGUGUGUGUUUUCCAAGGAGAUUUUCUUGGCGCAGCCCAAUCUGUUGGAACUUGAAGCACCCAUCAAGAUUUGUGGUGACAUUCAUGGCCAAUAUUCUGAUCUUCUUAGGCUGUUCGAGUACGGUGGUUUACCUCCCAAGGCCAAUUACUUAUUCUUGGGGGACUAUGUGGACAGAGGCAAGCAAAGCCUCGAGUCAAUAUGCCUUCUCCUAGCAUACAAAGUAAAAUAUCCAGAAAACUUUUUCCUCCUGAGAGGCAACCACGAAUGUGCAUCUAUAAACCGUAUAUAUGGGUUUUACGAUGAGUGUAAGAGAAGAUUUAAUGUGAAGUUGUGGAAAAUCUUCACAGAUUGUUUUAACUGCUUACCUGUGGCAGCCCUAAUUGAUGAAAAGAUUCUCUGCAUGCAUGGGGGACUUUCUCCUGAUCUGCACAAUUUGGAUCAGAUUAGAAACUUACACCGCCCAACGGAUGUACCAGAAUCUGGUUUACUUUGUGAUCUUCUUUGGUCGGAUCCAAGUAAAGAUGUUCAAGGUUGGGGAAUGAAUGACCGGGGAGUUUCUUAUACUUUUGGUGCCGACAAGGUGACCGAUUUCCUGCAGAAGCAAGACUUGGAUCUCAUUUGCCGUGCUCACCAGGUUGUAGAAGAUGGGUAUGAGUUUUUCGCUAAUCGACAACUGGUAACCGUAUUUUCCGCACCCAAUUAUUGCGGGGAGUUUGACAAUGCUGGUGCCAUGAUGAGUGUGGAUGAAACCCUGAUGUGCUCUUUCCAAAUUCUGAAACCUGCAGAAAGGAAGGCAAAGUUCAACUUUGGGAGUACAACAUUCCCAAAGUCUGGAAAUCCUUCAGGAUUCAAUGUCUUUAGCAGCACUGGUACCGUUAAACCAGGAACUUCUCCACCAGGCGUCAAGUCGUUCCUUGGAGCAAAAGUGUAAGAACUUCGUUUUGGUCAAGUUGCCGUAGUCCAGUGGUUGUUUGCUCCCAAUCUGGCUGUAUGGAAAAUCAAGGUCCAUUUACUUGACUAUGUCAGUAACGAAAUUGUAAAAAUGGGUAAUUUCUUCACAAUUUCAGGGAUAAAUUAGUUUUGCUCUUUUAAAGUCUGGUUUGAAGAAGGAUCGACUAUCUUCUUCCGCCUUGUACAUUAAAUACCAACUACAGCAGCUGCUUUGAAUCAUUAGCGCGGGUUCAUUGUCCCGCUCCUAUGGUCUGAGAUUUCAAAUAAUGUGCAAACAAAAUUAUCAAUUCACUGGCCAACUUGAGACACGAGUUCAGCUCAUAAAA